AUGGACUGCAAGCAGCUGUGCCCUGUUUGGACAUUAGUGAAUGAGUUGCAAACGUACUUCUCAGAGCUAAUUAAAUAUAAUACCAAUGUGUCUGUAAGCGUUUAUACCAGAUACUACUUCUGUCUUCGUGCCUUGGCAUUCAGGCAUGGCCUGGGUUUGCCACAUUACCUUCUUGACAGAGAAAGAGCAUGGGAUCUGCAGGCUUUAUCAAGGAUGGAACAAGAUGAAGUGUUCUAUGCUGUUCACAAGAAUUGGUCUUUCAGUGCUGACGAUUUAAUUCGUCUUCAGCACGCUAAGGCCGUCCUCUCCUGAAGGAAGAAAUGAGGGGUAAUGUAACAUCUGAACCCCUCAUCAAA